CAUGAACAAACAAUAUGGCGCCACCUCAUAGUUCUCUCUUAGAGGAUAAAGUCGAUUACUAUUCUCCACUGACGAGGGAUUUUGUAGUUUAUAAGCGACGAUGGCUAAUGGUAUUCGUCGUUUGUGUUGUGAAUGCUGCAAACUCUAUGAUAUGGAUUUGUUUUUCUCCCAUCACAAAUAUCACAACAAAAUACUACCACAUAACAGAUAUGCAAGUCAACUGGUUGUCACUGGUAUACGUAGUAUCUUCAAUACCACUUGGCCUUGUGGCUGCAUGGCUAUUAGAUACAUUUGGCCUUCGAACCAGUAUUAUCUUGGCAUCAUGGCUAAACUUGACAGGAGCUUUGCUCAGGAGCAUGACAACAUUGAAUAUAUUUCCUGAGAGUUCCUUGUAUCCAGUUCUGCUUCUUGGCCAGUUCCUGGCUGCAUGUGGUCAGCCUUUUAUCAUGUUUGUGCCAACCAAGCUGGCAGCUCUUUGGUUUCCUGACAGUCAGCGUGCCAUUGCAAAUACACUGGCUUCCAUGGCUAAUCCUUUAGGCAUUCUUAUAGCCAACCUUCUUGCCCCUAAACUGGUUACGUUGCCUGCUGACAUCCCAAAACUUCUGUGGGUAUGCACAGGAGCUGCUGGUGUUGGAACUGUACUAGCGACAUUUGGGGUCUGCAGUAGUGUACCCCGUACUCCACCAACCACCAGUGCUGCUGAAGGGACAGAACCAUUUUUCCUGGGUCUUAAAAAGCUGUGUAAGGUCAAGUCCUACUGGAUACUGUUCAUGGUUUUUGGAGCAGGUCUGGCACUCUUCACAGCAUUUACAACAUUCCUGGAGCAAAUCCUUUGUCCUCGUGGCUACAGCAAUGAUUUUGCUGGUCUCUGUGGGGCUUUACUGAUUGCUUGUGGAAUAGUUGGAGCAGGUGUAGCUGGUGCAAUUGUGGACAAAACCAAACGUUUUGAGGAGGUAGCCAAGGGAGGCUAUGUUGCAGCUGUCCUUGCUUGCAUUGUUUUCACAGAGAUAAGCCGUUACAGAGAUUUGGAAAUUCCUAUUGCUGUGUCAAUAGGAGUUUUUGGAUUUUUUGGCUUUGGUGCAUAUCCAGUAUCCAUGGAGAUGGCUGUAGAAGUUACAUAUCCAGUAGCUGAAGCAACAAGUUCUGGGCUGCUGUAUGUAUCAGGGCAGAUUCAGAGUCUGGUGUAUAUGCUUGCUGCACAGAUGUUAAUUCAGCCAUUAUCACCUUUAGAGCAGAGUUUUGCCAGUGCAUGCUAUACUGAUGGCAACUCCACAUCUAACACACCACAAGAUUGGACUGUACCAAAUCUCUUCCUUAAUGGAGUGAUGGUGUUCUUUGUCGUCAUUUUUCUGAUAUUCUUCCGUCCAGUCUACCAUCGACUUCUAGCAGAAAGGAUUGCUGAGGUUAAUGACAUUCUCAGAACUGUAGUGGAAACUGGUCCAGUUGAGAAUAAUGCUUGAACACUGCAGAAUUAAGACACCAUCAGCUGUGUUUUGAUACAUGAAGACAGCCAUGUGAAGUUUCUAGCUAUGAGAUUUUCUUCUGCUUUGAUCAAAACAGAACUGCAAGAAAAAAAGUAGGUAUACCAGGUGAUGAUCUCUAGCUUACUAGCUCAAACUUCAAAUAUAGCUAUUUUAGGAAUUGAUAGCAAGAACCUUUUAAGAGCAUUUGAUAAAAGAAAUGCACAGUAUAAAAUAAUAUGCUGCAUUUUUCAUCCACUUUGACAUAUUUAUUAGUCAUGGAUUUCAGCUACUGGUAUCUCCAUGUCACUUUUAUCUGGUAUUUCUACAUUUGCCUCAAGUGAAUAUAUUCCUCAAAAUUUUUCACCAUCACAUUUUGAGGAAUCUUUUCACCAAAAUUGGAUUAUCUGAAGAUUGUCAGACAAGAACUUCCUGAGGCAGUGUGAAUGAGGCCAGCCUCAAGCAACCUCAGCUGCAAGAUUUUGUGCCUCAUAACACUUCACUGCUUCUUUCUGUUGUGGAAGUGGAUAUCAUAGUGGUUCAAGCAAAAGAAUCCAAAUUCAAAGGUGAAGACUCGUUGCCCGUGUAAUGAAGCAUACUUCUCCGGGUAACCAACCUGUGGAAUGGAUACUUGGCUUUAUAGAUGGUUGUGGAAGGUGAAGCAGCAAGGAAAUGCAGCCUUCACAAAAGCUGACCGUAAAGUUCAAGAGUAGUUUCUGAAACUUCACUCCCUGGAGACCGGUAGGUCAUAGGACUACAUAUUCCAUACCUUACCUGUGUUUUCUUUUCAGUUCACCCUUUAUGCUGUUCUUUCUUAGCCUUGUCUCUACUUUUCAACCUGUUCAUCUUGGACUUCAUAUUUACUUCUUGUUCUAAAUAGAUUUAGUUUUUGUGGUGGCAUCCAGAGUCUAAAAGUGCAAAAAAUUAAUCAAAAAUAAUUUAUUUAAAGAUGCACAUCCAAUAAUCAGAACAUAUAAACUGGUUUCAUUCACAACAUACAACCUGUUGAAAAUAGAUGCAGGCCUACUGGACGAGGUACAGCUAUAGAUCUGCUUAUUAGGCAUGCCUUUCCUUGAUUUCUUAUUUGAUGAAGUAUGCAUUUUUCCCUUGUUAUUACUGUAGAGCAGUAAAAAAAAAAAAAAACAAACAGCAAAAGCCAAAGAAACCUGUUCCCUAACACUCUGUUUUUUCUAAACUUCUUUUCCCGAUUUAUUUUUAAUAAUUUACCAGUAACUACCAAAUCACUGUAUUUGAAAGACUGCAAGUGCAGGUGCAUGCAUAUUAAAGGGAGUAAAUGUUUAUAACUGCUGACACUGUGCAUUGAAAUAAUGAUCCUUUAUGCAAUUCAUGUUAUUUUUUAACACGUUUUUACAAACUUCCAUUUUAUGAGCGCAGUAUACUUCAUGUGUUUUGCAUUAAAUUGCAAUGGAUUUCACAUUAUACAAUUUGCUUUCUUAUGGCAGUGAUGAAAAGGAUUUUAAAGAAAUUUUAAUGGAUUUCAUUUGUAAAGUGUAAAUAUGGGGUAAUAUUGUGUACAGAGAUUUUUUCCUAAGACCUAGGCAAUGUUUGAAAUCAAUAUAAUGAAAGUUCUGUUAUUAAUAUGUUGAUUUCCGUGCAUGAUGAGGACUGUCACCUGCUGAAAAGCAGUAAACAAGAAGUAACUGUGUAAACCUCUCAGAAACCAUGUCAAAGCCACAAAUUAACUUACUCUGGUUUUUGGAAGACAUUAUAGAUAUUGCUUGCCUUUCAUACAUCACUAUGAGCAACAGGAUCCAGCUUUAGGAAAAAAUUCAGCUGAUUGUAAUGAUUGUCACCUUUCAUCUUUUGCCAUCAUUGGAGGGAUGCCUUCUUCUUCCUUCUGUGGGUGUAUGUGAGGUGGAGGCUGAGUGGGAGUGGGAGGUUGCAAAUAACAUACAGUUAACAUAACAUGAACCAGUUCCAAGAAUCAAUAACAGUAACCAUAACAGUAGAGUUUAUGAAGGGAUUUACACUUUGUGAAAGAGAAACAAACCUAUAAAAAUAUAAACAUGACCUACAUAUUUUGAUAUUUGUAUUCAUGGAAAUCAGUUUGUUGUGCAGUGAGAAGUGAUAUUAAUGGCAUUUUCAUUUUUAAAUAAAUUCAUUUGUUACUGUGCUGCUUUCAAAUAUAAAAUAUGAGGUAAAUGAACGCAAGCUUUUGAAUAUGGGCAACUUGUUUUGCUUCAUUGGUCAAAUAUUACUUAAAGGCAGCCCUGUGUUCCUUGAAGUGUAACAAGAAAUAAAUUAGAUCAGCAGUUAAACAUGAUAACAAGGAAUAAAAACACUGUGUAAAAGAAGAUCUUGUUUAACAUGCAUUUUAAUUUUGCCGCUUUUCUGCGCCAUUCCUUAUGCAGUAAUCCAAAUGCUAUCACAAAUGCAAUUUCAUGUUCUCCUACCAUUUGUUCUCACACACACCCUUGUGCUCCCAUUACAGAUACAGCAUACUAUAUUUACAUAGGAAUCCUAAAAAAAAACUCCUUUGAGAAAAUCAACAAUUGUAUCCAACAGUUUGUUAAAUGAGCGGAAGAAUGAGUCAGCCACACUUUAUAACUUGUGUCUUGCCAGAAAAAGGGUAACAUAUUUCACCAAGUGAGUCAUAAGUAGCUAAGACCAGUUGCAUCAAUGACUAAGCCUGAGGUAUACUUUACAACUGCCUUUGAAAGACCAAGUUUCACUCUCACCACAAAACAAGCACAAGUUUCUUUCAUUUGCAGCUGUGACCUUAAAGUAUAUCAAUAUUUCACAGCAGCCAAGCACACAUGCAUUUCUACAGCAGGUAUGUAUGUGUGCAAACAUAUAUAUAUAUGAAACUGUAAAUAAAAAUGUAUUACCUUUAGUGGGUACAAUGAUGGCAUCACAUGUCUAAAUCUGUCUAUGUAAGAUCAAUUUUUAUAAGGUCAUGCAUCCUUGAUGUAUAAGUAGAUUCCUGCUACAUAACUUACCUCAAGAACUAUGUUUAUUCUGCAAUACAGCUCUCUCAGAUGAGAUACCAGUAUUUUUAAUCCAAUCAUCAUGCUCUGUUACCUUCAAUAAGUAACUUGCUACACCAACAAAAAAA